UACGCCGAGUGAGGCGCGCGCGUUUCACCCCAUAGUGGGCGCCGGCCCAAAAUUCAAAUGUGGUAUAGUGACCGUUACAGAAUAAAAACUUAAUUACGAAUAAAUUUUAUAAAACACAGAUUAUAUAUGGAUCGAGUUUUUGAAUUAUUAAAUGUAGUGCGGCAGUGGAGUGUUUUCAAUGCGAGUGAAAACUGCGACCCUUAAAAAUUGAUACAGAAUUACAAUAGCCGCCAGCAAUGCCACCAUACGUGAGAUUCAGAUCGGAAAAUGAAUAUAUUGAGGUAAUGUGGCGACGAGGUCAAAGUCGAUCUCCAUAGCGCCCCAUACAACUGUUCUUUGCAAGCUCCGAGGAAGUUGCAAAGAUGAAUCUUCUUAAUAUGGACGCGGAAAACCGCGUGGUUCUGAACGUGGGCGGUAUUCGUCAUGAGACCUAUAAAGCUACUUUGAAGAAGAUCCCCGCGACUCGGCUGUCGCGGCUGACGGAGGCGCUCGCCAACUAUGACCCUGUUCUCAAUGAGUACUUCUUUGAUCGGCACCCGGGUGUCUUCGCGCAGGUGCUCAACUACUACAGGACGGGAAAGCUUCAUUAUCCGACGGACGUGUGUGGUCCAUUGUUUGAAGAGGAGCUGGAGUUUUGGGGCUUGGAUGCGAACCAGGUGGAGCCCUGUUGCUGGAUGACGUAUACACAGCACCGAGAUACUCAAGAAACCCUGGCAGUGCUGGAUCGCCUGGACCUGGAUACGGAGAAACCGUCUGAUGAGGAGGUGGCCCGCAAGUUUGGCUUCGAAGAAGCCUACUACAAUGGGACAGUUUCAUGGUGGCAGCAGCUAAAGCCCCAAAUGUGGUCUUUGUUUGAUGAACCGUAUAGUUCUAAUGCUGCUAAGAUAAUCGGUGUGAUAUCGGUGUUCUUCAUCUGCGUGUCCAUCAUAUCGUUCUGUCUCAAGACUCACCCGGAUAUGAGAGUUCCGGUGAUAAGGAACUAUUCUGUUACGACCGCUAACCAAUCGCCAAGCUGGGCGUUGGAUAAAGUGCAGACGAAUGCCCACGUCGCGUUCUUCUACAUUGAGUGUGUGUGCAACGCGUGGUUCACCCUCGAGAUCCUAGUCCGCUUCAUAUCCAGUCCAAACAAGUGUGAAUUCAUCAAAUCCUCCGUCAACAUCAUCGACUACAUCGCUACAAUGAGUUUCUACAUCGACCUCAUCCUUCAGAAGUACGCGUCUCACGUGGAGAACGCUGACAUCCUGGAGUUCUUUUCCAUCAUUCGUAUCAUGAGACUAUUUAAAUUGACCAGGCAUUCGUCUGGUCUAAAGAUUCUUAUACAGACAUUCAGAGCAUCAGCGAAAGAGCUGACUCUUCUAGUGUUUUUCUUAGUGCUUGGUAUAGUGAUAUUCGCAAGUUUGGUGUAUUACGCUGAGAGAAUUCAAACGAAUCCCCAUAAUGACUUCAAUAGUAUACCCCUCGGUUUGUGGUGGGCGCUGGUUACCAUGACAACGGUCGGGUAUGGAGAUAUGGCUCCGAAGACUUAUGUUGGAAUGUUUGUUGGUGCUUUAUGCGCCUUGGCUGGUGUAUUAACAAUUGCUCUACCAGUACCCGUAAUAGUAUCCAAUUUCGCAAUGUACUAUUCGCACACACAAGCAAGGGCGAAACUGCCGAAGAAGAGGCGAAGAGUCAUCAAUGUGGAACCUACCAGACCACCUAUGCGUGCACCAGGAGCUCCGGGUGCCCCAGCGGGUCCAAUGGCUCCAGGCAUGGGCCCUCAGGCCGUGAACAGAAGAAUGAAUGCAAUCAAAACUAAUCAUCCUAAAGAUAUGAUGGGACCGAAUAUGGUCGCCAGUCUAAUGCCUGGAAUGGACUUAACCGUAGCGUCACGCCUAUCACCAGGCCCACGAGACCUCAGCCCAGCCUUAGCCAUUGCCAUACCACUCAUGAAGUCAGUCAACCUGGUUCCAGUACAGUGUUUCGACAACAUGGCGUAUAACAGCGAGAAAUUGGAUGUUAAAGAACCUCAAAAUUCUAUUGAAGAUACUAGAUAUAAAAACGAUGAUAAAACUGACGUUAAAACCCCAUUACUGCGAGAUCAUAAAAUUGAAUCGAUGGACGAAACGAAAUUAAGGGACACUAAGGUGGAGAAACGGAAAUCGUCCGCUUCGACGUAACACAAUUAUGUAAUCCGUAAUGGUUUGCAAAAUUGUGCGAGAAUGGAUCAAAAAGUAUCACGUUCUCGCUACCACGUGCAACAGCUUGCGGACGUGUAGCAAAUACUAAUAAUUCUAAAGCUAUGUGCAAACUCCACUAUACAAGUUCAAAACUAGUUGAAAGUUUCGGGCUUUGCGGAUCUCGGCACAAGGCUUUUAAUUUAAUGGUGUUAAUGCAAUAAAUUGCGCCUAAUUGUUAUUAAGCAGCUUACGUUUUAAACACGACCAAAUCCUAAAUGAUAAUGACAUUUUCCUAUGUAAUUUUGUAUUUAAUGGUUCCAUUGUUUUAUUGAUAAGUUUUAAAAGAGAACUCUUUAAUUAAUUAAUCGGAUGAAUUUGUAAUUUGAUUUUAACUUAUAUUACAAAAAGUUUACAACUUUUCUAUUAGUAUCACUUAAUUAUUUACUACGCUUGCUAUUUAAACAAAUAUAAGUUAUAUAUAAUAAGAUUCAAUGUUAUUUUCGACUACAAUUAAUAAUCAAUUGAUCACUUAUCCCAAAAACAUUUAGCAAUCUCACAUUUGUUUUAGGCGGUUUUAAGACGACUAAAAGUAAUUCAUGAUUGGUCUGACAGCGAAAGGUUGACAUGUAGUAUAUACCUCUCUUGUAUAUCCGUCGAGCGUUCAACUUAAAAAAACAUUUUGUUUUGCAAUUUUUUUAUUACUACUGGAUUCAGAAAAAAUCUUUCUAACCAAUAUUUUUUCUAGAUAUAGAUAGCGUUCGAUGGAUUCUAUGUCUACUAGUUACAAUGUAUACCUAUUCUCAUAUUUCUAGCUAUAGACUUCCUAUAAACGCGCUUCAUAGUAUACAAUCGUAGUUAAUAUGACCAUUAUUCAUAUCUUAUAACAGUCCAUAAUGUAAUCUUUAGGUAGGCACAUUAUAAUAUCGCGUUGUCGUUAUUUAAAACAUUUAUUAUUUUAUUUAUCUAUGUUCAAAAACAUGUUUAAGUUAUCUAUAUAUUAAACUUUAUUCAGGAAAAAUACAUCAGUAUAGUUGCACUCUUUUACUAAAGUACUCCUGUCAAAUUGUGUUUACGCUGGGACGAAAAGAGAUAGAAACCUCUCUGUAAGAGUGCCUUAGUUUAAAAAAGUGCAAAUCGAUUAUCUUUUAUUAGGAAACAAUUUUUACCGUUUUAAGUCAGGAUUCUCAUCUAUUUUAAGCUGUUCAUCACAUUUAGACCUUUAGAAAACGUUCUUCAUGUGUUCUGUAAAUAUUACAAUUUUUAUAUUCGUGUUACAAAACUAGAAACAUAUCACGUGCACAUCUUACUCUUGGUGUAUUUUUAUAUAUGUAAAUUUAAUUGUAGAUUAACGUGAAUAGAAAUGGGGAACACUCUGUCAGUUGCUCUAACUCACUACUCCGCUGGUAUGACAUUUCAACGUUUUGUGCAUGUCAGCUAUCAUUUGUCAGUUUGACAAUUAACUUUAAAUUGAAUAUUCUCUGGUCGUAUCUCUUUUUUAGCUUGAAAUACAUAAUGGUAUUUACUGAUAAUGUAACAUAACUUCCAUCGGAUUAUAAAUAAAACCGUUAGCAGCCAAGUGCGAAUGCUAAAAGUAUUUUAGUAUUUUUAUUUUCUCACCUCAACAUAAAAAAGUGAAACAAACGCGAAUCUUUAUUGUCAACUGUCAAUAAUUGACAUCUGUCAAAUUGCGAAUCAGCACCACCAACGAGUUAGUGAGUUGUCGCAAAAAUUCCGAUGAGUUCGCCAUCUCUACAUGAAUAAAAUACUGUUUUUAGCGUUACAACGUAUACGUUUCAAGAACAGCAUUAUAUUUAACCAAUGUAGAUAGUUUUAAUAAAAUAUUUUCUAAUAGUUCUCAACCUGUCCAUGAAUCUGUUAAUGUAUCUUACCUAAAUAUUGGAUAAAUAUUUCCACUAUAAUCAGAGUAAGGGUAUUGUUAACCAACACACCCGGUUCGAUAUAGGUUCGGCCGUAAUCCAAUAGUGUCUGAGAACUUGCUAGACGGGAAUACCACUCGCGUUUGCCGAGUCCGGCGAGUGUGUACGGCUUAUAAUAUGGCCUUCUCAACUUCACAGGUUUAUUAAUCACAUAAUCUUACUCUGCUUACAGUGACUUUAUAAGUACCCUAAUAAUUCAAUGUUACGCAUAAAAUGCAAUAAUUAUAGUAGAUAGCACAUUAAUUUAAUUUAUAUAAAAGUAUGUACAGACCUAGAUGUAAUUCAUGAAAUAUAACAAAAAUAUAGUGAGAUCUUUUUAAUCUAAUCAUGUUUGUUUAAUACAAUCGUAAACCAUUUGUGGCCCUACUGAAUCAAAAAUAUUAUCGUAUCGACUUUACGACUAUAUCACGAAACAACUGUUUAUUCAUGCUUAAUUUGAUUUAAGAUUACGUUUGAUUAUUCGCUAUGAUUAUUGAGGAACUGGACAUAUUGUCCCCUAUAGCGAGGCGAAUAGAGGGAAUGGGGCAGAGAUGUGAGCGUGUGCGCAACUCGAAGCGUGCGCAAUAGAUUCGAGUAACGUGUCAUCAUCAGUACCGUUACUAAAGUAAGGGCCACGAAUGAUAUAAAAAUGCUUAAAUUGUACAAAUAUCACCACGAUUUUGAAUAUAUAACGCGGACCAGUUAUGCAUACGUAUUUAUACAUUUUCAUUAUAUUUAAGAAUUUAGUUUUCUUUCUUUUUUUGAAAGCCUUGAACAAGACAUUGUUCUAAACUACGUAACUAGCAACUUCUGCAUAAUUAUUACAACAUCUUUAACUAAGUUCGUAAAUUAAGAUUGAACUGAACAAAAUAUAUAAAUGCUCAUUGCAAAGUUACGUAAAUCUAAACGAACAAAUAGACGAUUAAUUACUAGUAAUUUGAUAUACACUAGAAAUUGAGAAUUCUAGCAAGAUUCGUGGUAGACCUUUUAUCAGCACCGGUACUCUGUAACUUGAAAUAUCUAUACGUAUCCAGAAAUCAAUAUGGAGCAAACGAUGUCAGCGCUAAGGGAUCAUUCAUCAUACGAGAUUACAUAAAAGUUACAACAUACAAUUAACUUUGCAAUAGGGGGUUCUAUUUCGGGUUAUUGAACGGUUAAAAUAUCUUAGAGGCCUUGUCAAGACUAUGUUAUACUAAUGUUUUAAAAAAGUUAAUUUUAUAUCUAUUAAUAUGAACAUUUAUAUAAGAUUAAAUAUAACUUGUUAACAUUCGCCAUUUAAACUGUCAUCAACGUGUCUCAUUUUCUCUUAUCAGACAAUAUUGGGGUCCUUAGAGUUCAUGAGUAUCUUUAAACGAAGUCAAAUCGAUUUUAUCCUUACGUAAGGUUUUUUUUUAUUUUAACGAACUAAAAGGUCCGACUAUUUGUAAUUGAUUUUACAAAAAAUAAUAGUAUAAACACAAAUAUACGUAAUUCAAAAGGCAUUUUGAUUUCCUAUAAUUAAAAUUUAACAAUUAGCAUGGAUAUAUUUUCAUUUUCUUAAUCAGUAAUAAUUAUUACUAAGACAACAAAAUUUCACAAAACGCUGAGACACUUUCACACACUUACUUUGCACUUUAAUUUUUACCAAGCAUUAAUAUAAGAGCAUAUAUUUCCGUACGAAAAAAUGUCUGUGAGUGUGCCCUUAUGCUGGAAGCAUUUACUAGCUGUAUUGUCAUGCUGUGCUGUGCGAGAAAGGUGCCAGAUUUGAGAUGCUUGCUUCUGUUUAGCACAGUGUUUCCCAAGUUUUUGUGCCAUGCCCAACAUUAGUCUUUCUAAAAUUCUUAUGCCCUAUACAUAAUUUUUAAUAUUUAAAUUGAAUUGUUCACUUGAGAAACUUAAAUGACAGGUUUUAGAAAAUUGUUAACGAAACAGUAAGUAAAUUUUCAAAAUUUAUAAUUAAAAAAAGAACGAAAAGCCACUUAACUAUCAAAUUUCCACCCUGAUCUUGGGAAACACUGGUCUAGUUGGUGCAUUUGCACUCCAUAGACACAUCUACUGCAUGUAACUAAUCGAAGUUUCCGAAAGGGUAUUUGAUUUUACUUGAUUAAAUUCGAAUUAAUUUAUGAGAAAGCCUAUUAACUACUAACUACGGUCGUUGCAGCACAAUUUGUUAAUACAAAUUCAUAUUGUAAUUCGCCCUCAUUGUAAGAUACACUGUAUAAACCACAUUACGUAUUUAAAGAUUUAAACAUGUAUCAUGGCACAAAAUUAGAUUAAGGCUUGAAAUGAAUAAACAGGGCUUUGAUUGUAUAGCAUUCUAUAUACAAUAUAAUAUUAAUUAUACAUUUUUGAACAGUAUGUAAGAUUAUUUGAAUAUUGUUCAAUAAAUAUGUGAAAUUAA